AUGGCGUAUUCCCCUAUUCGUAAUGUGGUUAUGCCGCCGUCACUAUUUCUUGAAUGUAACUCGGCAACUUCCAAAUCAAGCGAGGAUGUAGAGCCGUCCUCUUCAGCGUCUUCCUUGUCCGACUAUUCUGUCGGCAGACCAUGCGGAUUCACCUCCCCAUUAAACAGUCGACGAGCAGCUUUUCUCUUAAUGAAUUACCUCCAAGAUCUUGCACCGAGGAUUGAUCUCUGUGAUCCUUCGAAACGCUUCGGUCGUGAAGUGCCAAAGAGGGCUCGCCAAGUUCCCCUCCUAGCAUACUCCAUCUUAGCUUUCUCGUCACGUCAUCAAGUGAUGAUCACUGGUAUUGAUGAUGAAAGUAGUGAAGAGUAUCAUAGCUAUGCCCUACGUAUUCUAAUCCCUAUUCUUGAUGAUCCAAUGUCAUCUUUGGAUGAAAAUCUUUUAGCAGCUGCGGUGCUUUUACGGUUAUACGAGGAGAUGUGUGAAGAUGUUGACACUGGCACUCACCUCGUUGGAUGCGCACGACUCUGGAACAGCAUACCUGACUUCAUAGCCCAAGGAGGUCUAAGCGAAGCAGCCAGUUGGAUAAUGCUUCGACAGAAUUUGCACAUCUCUCUCACCAAAAGCGAGCCCAUACAAGUAGAUCUGAACAAGUACCGACGUUCCAGAUCAUUCAUAGACACGACUGAUGAAGAUUUUGCCAAUAGGGCUAUUCUUCUUUGCUGUGAGGUAUUAGCGACUAGUUUUGGCCCAGGAGCACAGCCCAACUACGAAACGUGGGCUCAGCUUGGUGAGGAGGUUGCAAGAUGGCAUGAUUCUAUACCGGCACAUUAUCAUCCAUAUUAUUCCGAUGUCAAGACUACAUCUACUGGGGUCAAGUCGGCUUUUCCUAUAGUGUGGAUGAUGAAUCCUGCUCAAGUUAUGGGAUAUCAGCACUAUUGUAUGGCUCGCAUUCUGCUGCAUAUCUCUGAGCCCAGACUAUGGGUUUCUAGUUUAAGAACCAUUGAGGAUCGGGUAGUCGCAGAUAAAGCGGCCUUGAACGAUCUUCGUAUAGCUAUCGGUCUCGGCAUCCAUAACCGUUCGGUGGUUGGUGCUGGGUUUACCGUACAUCAUAUACUUUUCACUUGUGGCUGUUUGUUGACUGAUCCUGUAGAGCAGCAGGAGGUGCUUGACUUUAUAGACCACUUUGGCAACAGCGUUGGAUGGCCAAUACAUCGGUUAAAGGAUAAACUGAAUACAACAUGGACUCGAGUAUCGCCUGGUAUUGCCCAUGCUACGGCUUUGGCUGGUGAAAGUAUCCUUACUGGUCUCCUGGCCAUUGACGCUGCUGUCUCGGUGCGAUCUUUCCAAAAGGUCGAUUGA